AAUAGUACAUGUACUCACCUUAUACACUGUUACAUGUUUAUUUACAGGAAUGGACAAGACAUAUCAGAGAGGGGACCUUAUGCCUUAUGGGGCCCUGAUAAAGUUGGUGCCCGCUCACUGGAGCAAGGGAGACGACCUAAAUAAAAACGCUCGGAGCUGCUGGUACAGGCCCGGAUUUCGAUGGUCCCCAGAGAGGGGGCAGAGCGUUCUCCCCGAGGACGUGAAGAAAUUCGAGUUUGUUGGCGAAGAGGUUCGCAGUGGAAUGCCUGUUUACAAGUUAAGACGCACAGCAAUUGUGUACAACAAAAACAACACCUACAUUCUUUACGUGACAAAGGAGGAGCCCCAUAAACCCGUGCGUUACGUCAUGCAUGGCUACGACACGCUCUUACACUCGUUUUAUGAUCAUUACAUUGUGGAUUACCUUUCAUUUCACGAAUGGGACUUUGACUUCAAUGUUAUGAAAAUCCCCAACGGAACCUCCUGCAAAAAGAAGAUUGAAAAGAUGAAGUCAAAGUUCCACUUUAAUCCAAUGGCAGAGUUUAUGCAUGAAAACUUUGAAGAUAGUGAAGUGGAAGAAAUGUUUGAGGAAUUUAAGAAAACUCACGGCAAAGCUUACAACGAUCCGACAGAACAUGAACAGAGGAAACACAUCUUUCGUCAUAACAUGAGGUCUGCCACCUUCCUUGUUAGAAAACUUUUACUAAAAAGUUUGUUUCUAUACGUGAAGAUAAUUUUGCCCUUCUUAACGCAACGACACAAUGACACGAACACAUAUUUAUUCUUUGGUUGGUUGUCAUGGUGAUUUAUUAGUACUAUCA